AUGGCACUGUUCGAUUUAUUGAAAAAGGAUAAUAAAUCAAGAAAUUCCUUAAAGAGGAAAGAACGUAAUGAUUCUAGUAAAUCUUUAACAAAUAAUUCUCAUGGUUUACUUUCAUCAAAUAUUACAAGACAAUUUUAUAUAACAUUUGCUGAACCUCAUAGAAUUUGGAAACCAAAUGAACAUAUUAUUGGUGAAGCAACUUUAGAGAUUAAGAAAGAUAUUACUAAUAUUGCUAUACGAUUAUCUUUAAUUUGUGAAAUGAAAGUUAAAACAAGAGGGAAUAGUCCAACUACAUUAAUGGCUAAGAAAACAGUACGAUUAAUUGAACGAUCAACUUUUUUAUAUGGAUUUGAUAUGACUCAAGAAAAUAUUUUAAAACAAAAUCAUCAAUCAAUGGAUUCAACAUUAUCUUCGUCUGAUCAAUAUGAUGAAGUGAAAAAUAAUAAUUGCUUAAUUGAUAAAGAUGGAAAUAUUAAAACCAUGAAUGGUUUAACAAAAGGUAUACAUAAGUUCCCAUUUAGAAUAAAAUUACCAAAAAAUAAUAAAAAAUUAUUUAGUUCGAUAAAAUUUGAAAGAGGUUCAAUUGAUUAUUAUAUGCAAUGUACUUUAGAACCUUUAUCUUCAACACAGUCUGAAAAGACUUAUGUUUCAAAGUGUAAAAAUGAAUUUGAAGUUAUUGUGCCUUUAGAUGUAUCAUAUUUACCAAUUCCAAAGACAAAAACUGUUGUAUUACAAUCAUUUACUGGUACGCCAAUGGUACAUAAAAAAUCGAAUUCUUCAGGUGAUGCAGGUUCAUCAUUAUUUUCAAAGUUAACAAACAAAUCAAAUGAUUCAACAGGUUCGGGGAGUUUAUCAACAAAAAAUGAUGCUACUUUAGACAAAACUGUAGCAAUAUCUGUAGGUUUACCAAGAUCUGGUUAUAUUAUGGGAGAAGUCAUCCCAGUUAAAAUUUCUGUAGAUCAUUAUAAACCAUAUUAUCAUGCAGCUGGUGUUAUUGCUACUUUAGUGAGAAUAUGCAGAGUAGGAACAAAUAAUGAAACGGAAGGAAUUGCAAUUGAAAAAUUUAGAAAAGACAUAUGUCAAUGUGUGUCACCUUUAUAUAUAGAUCCUGAAACAUUAAGAUCAAAUGUCUUAGCUCAUUUAAAGGUUCCGUUGGAUGCUUUUGCUACAUUUAAUCCACCAAAUCAAUUAUUUAGCUUUCAAUAUUAUAUUGAGGUAAUGGUAAAUUUAUCAAGAAAAAAUUUAGUUUACACUGAAUCUAAUAAGAUUCUUGGUGGUGCAAUGGAUGAAAACGAUGAAGAAAUUUAUCAAAAUAUGAAUAAUAAAUUUAAAACAAAUAAAAUAUCAUCUUCGAAAUUAUUUGGUAUUGAUAAAAGUAUUCAACAAAAAGUUUCAGCAUUAGUUACUAGUACAGAUAAUAAGAAUGAAUUGUAUGAAGAAGCAGGGACAAUUAGCAUGAACGAUUCAUCUGAUCAUGAUAGUAAAAUAUUGUAUAAGGAUAUGGUUAAUGUAGAGAGUCUCAAAGGAAUGCGAAACGUCACGGGGAUGUCUAUUGAAAUUGUUGUAGGAACUGUGAAGGAAAAUAUAAAACCUGAUAGAUUAGAACCAAUCUCAAAUAUAAGUUCAACUCAAGAAAAUCAAACAAGACAGAAUAUAGUGUCCGAUCAUGAAAGAGAUACGAUCCAAAAAGACCAAGAAAUAAAUGUACCGUCACUAACUACCUCGGAAUUAAACAGUUGGUUAUCGAGUUAUCCAGUUCAUGAUAACUCUUUACCACUUCCAGAAUAUUCUCCGCGUGAAACAUCUACUACAGCCAAACCUAUAACGAUUUCCGAAGAUAAACAGGAAUUAGAAAGAUUGAGACUCCAAGAACUGGAAAGUGAACCACCUGAAAGUUAUUAA